UUUUAAAAAAAAAAAAAAAAUUAAUAAAAAGAGAAAUAAAGAAAAAAAUAAUAAUUUAAAGAAAAUCAUCCGUUUUUAAGCUUUUUUUUUUUAAGACGAAACAAGUUCUUAUCAUAUUAAUAAUAAAGAAAAAAAAUAAUAAUUAAAAAUGACGAAAGGACUCCCAACAAUGGCCAGAAGAAACAGUGGAUCGAUACGACAAAAAACUAUUCAAAAAUUACAAAUUCUAGUGUUAGUAUUUGUAAUGAUCUCAUUGACAUUAAAGAUUUAUUUUCAAAUGUUUCCAUCUUCAUAUGAAUCAGAUGAUACAUCACCUUGUGGAAAAUGUCCGUUAUAUGAAGAUCAACCGGACAAAAUCGAUAAUGAAUCAAUACCGAUAAUAUACGAUACAGAUUAUAAUGAUAAUUCAUACGAAAAUGAUGUGGAAAUUGAUAUUGAACCAGCAAUUCAUCCAUUACCACAAUCAAAUAUAACGUACGAUUUUACUGUGAUAACAGGAGCAAGUCAAAACCAUUUUUGUCCAACGAAAAGUUUCCUUUAUUAUAUGAAAGAUAUUUUAGAAGGAUUUAACGCAAGAUUAAUAGUUUAUGAUUUAGGAUUUUCUGCUUCGCAACGUAAAGUACUUAAAAAAUUACAAAAACUUGGUUAUUUAACAGAAUUAAGAACAUUUCAAUGGUCACAUUAUCCUGAUUUUUGGAAUAUAACUAUAGCAAGAGGUGAAUACGCUUGGAAACCUGGUAUGAUUGCCGAAGUAGCACGUGAUUAUCCUGGAAAAUUGGUUUGGUUGGAUAGUGGAACUUUGGUUGAUAGAAAAUAUUUUACAAAAUUAAAUUCUUCAUUAAGAAAAUAUGAAGGAUUUGUUUCUCCACGUUCUUCUGGAACAAUGAAAGUUUGGACUCAUCCAGGAGUUUACGAUUAUUAUGGUGAUGAUCACAACAAAUAUGAUCAUGUAGUAAAUUGUAACGGAGCAAGUGUUACUUUUGAUACAACAAAGACCCAAAAUAUUAUUGAUGAAUGGUUUAAAUGUGCAACUGUAAAAGAUUGUAUCGCUCCCCCUGGAAGUAGUAGAGUUAAUCACAGACAAGAUCAAGCCAUAUUAACUUAUUUGGCUGCUAAAAAUAAUAUAUAUUGUGAUUAUAAAAAAGAGAAACUUGGAAUUCAUACUCAUGAAGAUAGAAAUUGCAGACAAUAUAUUUCUAAUUAUGAAUCAACACAUAAAAUAUAAACAAUUAUUUUUAAUUUUAUUACUUUUAAAGACUUAUUACAAAAAUUUUAUAUUAUGUCAAUUUUUUUGUAUUAUAUAUUUUGUCCCCCCCCCUUUUUUUAAGAUUUACCUAAUAUUUUAGUCGAGAUAGAGAAUUUAUUAUUAUUAAUUUCAUUCUGUUUUAUAAAAAGACAUAAUUUAGUGAAAUUAAUCAUUAACUUUUAACUAUUAUAAAAAAAAACCAAUAAAUAAAUUUUUGUUUCAAGUUUAAGUUCUAAAAAUAAAAAAAGUCGUUGUCUGAUCUCAUCACGUGCAUGCAAUAUAAAUUUUGUCCUAUAAAUAGAUGAUGGACUUAAUGAGUUACGACUGAUCAUUUGGAG